CUGGAAGCUGAACGCUGAUCAUGGACAGACGGAGGAGGAAGCUGGUGCGUCUUGCUGCCUGCGCGGCUCUGCUGCUUUUGGAAAACGCGCCAAUAAAGAGGAAACGUAAACGACGCAUUUGGAGGAAACACCGCCCGCUGGACCUGACGAUUUCUCCCGGCAGGCCUCUGACAGUCGGAAUAAUUUCCUGCGGUUUGUGAAGAUGACCUCUGAGGACUUUGACUUCCUGCUGGAGAGGGUCGGCCCUCGACUGGCCAGGCAGGACACCCAGUUCAGGAAAGCCAUUCCGUCCAGAGACAGGCUGUCCCUGACGCUGAGGUUUCUAGCAACAGGAGAAUCACUCCAGUCUCUCAGCUCUCAGUACGGAAUGGGAAGCAGCACCACCUCCAAAAUCGUCAAGGAGACGUGUACUACGAUCCACCAGCUGCUCAAAGAAGAGUUUCUUCAGACGCCGGACUCCGACGCAGCUUGGCGUCGUGUUGCUGAUGGUUUCCUGCUGAAGUAUCAGUUCCCACAUUGCGUCGGAGCUCUGGGCGCCAAACGCAUCUCCCUCCAUCCUCAGGGAAGCAACAACAAGCGCUGCGUGCUGCUGACGGCCGCCGUGGACGCUCAGUACAGGUUCCUGUUCGUCAGCGCCGCGCCUCAGACCGAGGACUCGGACGUUUUCCCUUUUGAAGACUCUGUCUUCGGCAGAGCCCUGGAUCAGGGCCUGCUGCGCCUGCCGUCCGCCCCAGACGGUGCGUUUCCCCAUGUGUUUGUGGGAGACGACGCCUUUCCCCUGCGCGCCAACCUCAUGGUUCCCUUCCCCGGUGAGGACAUGGACGGCAGGCAGCGGCUCUUCAACCGGCAGCUGUCCAGAGCGCGGCAGGCGGCGGAGGACGCCUUCUGGAUCUGGACCAGCCGGUGGCGGGUCUUCCACACCAGCAUCCCUCUGCAGCCGGAGAAGGUGGAGAGGGUCGUCCUGGCCACGGUCUGCCUCCACAACUGGCUGUGCGCGCGGCGCUCCGAGGCCUACCUGCCGGCCGGGCCGCCGGGCGAGGAGCCGGGCGGGGAGCCGGGCGGGGAGCCGGGCGGGGAGCCGGGCGGGGAGCCGGGCGGGCUGGGCGUCAUGAAGCCCGUCCGCUGGGAGCAGAGCGGCAGCUGCAGCAGGGAGGGGGAGCAGGUCCGGAACGCCAUGAAGGACGCCUGCCAGGAUCUGAGCAGCCUGACGUGA